ACGAGCCAAGUCCACCACGUGCGUCUUCCUUUCAUAUGGCCUCCGCCGUCGCCUCCGCUGCGUUUCGUCUCCCGCUCGCUACCCGCCGAUUCUCCAGCCCUUCGCCGCGGAUUAGCUUACAACAUUCCACGAUCUGGAUUUUUCAUCUCCGUCGAAUCACAACAGCUUCCUCCAUGAGCCAACUAACCACCGAAACCGAUGCCUCCCGUAACGACGAGAACUCGGCUGAGAAAUCAGACGACGUCGUGGUUCAGUACGUGGUGCUUCGAAGAGAUCUGAUCGAUUCGUGGCCACUCGGGAGCGUGGUAACCCAGGGAUGCCACGCGUCGGUUGCGGCGAUAUGGUCGUUCAAAGACGAUCCGGUUACGCUUCGGUACUGUGAUCCGCAGCACAUUGACUCUAUGCACAAGGUCACUCUGGAAGUUAAAGGAGAAACUCAGAUGUUGAAUUUGUCAGAGAAGUUGAAGUCAGGAGGAAUCUCUCAUAAGGUGUGGAUGGAGCAGCCGGAGAAUGUUCCGACUUGUAUCGCUACAAAGCCUUAUCUCAAAUCUCAAGUCUCUCCUUUCUUCAAGAAGCUCAAACUUUGCAAGUGAUUCUUCUCCAUUUUAUAUUAAAAAAUCUCAUUUAUAAAGGGACACUCGUUUGAAUGUUAAGUUUUUGCAUAUAGAGUAAAGAAAAGAAGCAGAUGACUAGUUCAUAUGAAGCA